UAUAGGGAUAUAUAUACAGCUUAUAAUUAUAAUAAUAGUUACAUAAAAUUAUUACUUUAUACGAAGAAACGAGUAGUAGAAAUAGUUUGCUUAAAAAUGUCUUACCUAACGUCCGUGUCUCUGUGUUUUUUGUUGUGUACUUAUAUAUUAGCGGAUAAAAGUUUGAAUGAAGUUUUAAUUAAUGGCGAUUACGAUUUUAUCGAUUUAACAUAUCCAUUUGAUAAUCAAACGAUUUAUUGGCCUGAUAGUCAAGAAUUUCAAUUUACAAAGAAAACCGCAAUGUUUCAACGCGAUGGGUCAUGGUACGCCUCGAAUGACUUUACUGCUGGCGAGCAUGGCGGUACACACAUUGAUGCUCCUUACCAUUUUUUGGUCGACGGUCUGCAAGUUGGACAGAUCCCACUCAACAAGCUUAUAAUACCACUUAUAAUCGUAGACAUAGCUUCUAAGGUCAAUGAUGAUCCUAAUUUCGUUCUCUACAAGCAUCACAUGGAUUACAUGUUGAACGAUAACAUGGGCAAACCAUGUUUAAUUAUUUUUAAAUUUGGUUGGAGCAAAUUCUUUUGGGAUAAGAAGAAAUAUUUGGGAAUAAAUAACGAUCAAUUAAAUUUCCCAGGUCUGAGCGCCGAAGUGGCUGAAUGGAUAGUUUCGAGUUAUAAAAAUGUGGUUGGCGUAGGCGUUGAUGUGGCGUCUGUCGAUCCCGGAUCAAGCACUGAUUUCCCUGUGCACAAAAUACUGUUGGGAGCAGGGCUUUACAAUAUUGAAAAUGUAUAUUUCCAGCGACAUAUUCCAGAUCAUGGUUGCACGGCGUUAGUGAUGCCGAUGAAAAUUGCGAAAGGCACUGGAGCGCCGCUACGCCUCGUCGCAAUAUGUCCGAAACACAAACCGGAAUACUUUUAGGAAUUGAAUUUCAUUAAAAUAAUUGUUCAUA